CCAGUGGUUCAGUCAGCGUUUCGCACCGGCGUCGCUUCGUCGUUUCUUGCGACCGCUGGACGAUAGUUUACACGUUCUUACGUACUAUUGCUACUACCACUGCUACUACUACUACUACUACUACUACUACUACUACUCUACUACUGCUGCUACUACUACGACUACUACACUACUACGACUACUACUACCACCAUUACCAUUACUACCAGAGACCUCGUGUCCUCGGUGAAUCGCGUGUCGCUACAAUCUACGCAGCCCUCGCACACUUUCGAUUAAUGAAGGAAACGAGUUCGGUACAACAGGAAAGUCGACGAGUCCGGGAAAAGGACGAGCGGUGGUCGAUGCUCUUUUGAAGGGAAAGCGCAUUUUACUGCGCGUUGCGUCUGGGUCGUGCGUGCGCGCAACUUCGUCUGUGCGUGCGUGUGCGUGUGCGUGUGCGUGCGUACAAGGACGAGAGAGUGAGAGAGAGAGAAAGAGAGAGAGAGAGAGAGAGAGAGAGAAAGAGAACGAGAGAGCACUGGCGGAGAGGACCUUCCACGGGUCCUUGAACGUCAGGCGUGCAUGUCUCGGGUCGCGCUCAAACGCUUUUCGUCCUGCUACGCUCUGACAACGUUCCUGAGCGCGUUAAAACGUACCGCGUACAGGUCGGGGUAGUCAGGGGCAUGUACCAACGUUAUUCUAUGUCAACGAAGAAGGAGAGAAGGAGGAGCUACGUUCGGAGGAAGCUACUAAGCAACUCUACGAUCCCUUUGUCUAUCGUUGAUUUUACAACGAUAGUCGUAAAUGUAGUAUGUAUACGCUCGUUACACGAUCCGUGUUCGCGAGACAGACCGAAUCGAUCGAUAUCGUUGCCACCAGCAAUAGCAGCGGUAGCAGCAGCAGCAGCAGCAGCAGCAGCAACACAACAACAGCAACGUACCAUCGAGAUUCAUCUGCGGCGCGAAGGUGAUCGAUAACCGCGAAUGGACGUGCCAAGGAAUUUCCGUGGCUUAUCAGAGCAACAGCUGGAGGCGUGCCGCCGACUUCUUUGCUGCGUGGAGAGGGUGUGCAGAAGCGGAAAUACGAUCGACGAGACCGAGCAUAAGAUCAAUCGUGGUCGACGAGGCGCACAAGCGGGCCCCGAAUUGGAGGGGCCCUCCGGUGCCGAAGAUGGCAUCCUUCCCAUCACCGUUAGCCCUAGCCCUGCCUCGACGUCCUCGCAGGAGGAUGCCUGCAAACCACCGCCACGCAAUUGCUAUCGCCUCGUCAUGCUCGGUAGCGCCAGGGUCGGCAAGACCGCCAUUGUAGCACGAUUUUUAUCCAACAAGUUCGAAGAGAGUUACACCCCUACGAUCGAGGAUUUCCACAGGAAGCUUUAUAGAAUCAGGGGCGAGGUGCAUCAGCUUGAUCUCUUGGACACCAGCGGAAACCAUCCCUUUCCUGCCAUGCGACGAUUAUCCUUCCUAACCGGAGAUUUGUUCGUGGUGGUAUUUAGUAUGGACUGCCGAGAGUCUUUCGAGGAGGCGAUCAGAUUGCGAGAGGCGAUCAUCGAGACGAAGAUGAGCGCGGCCCAAGGAGCGACCAAAAGUAGAAGCAAGAGUCAUUACAGUCUGAAGGUUCCCAUGGUCAUUGUUGGAAAUAAAUGCGACAAGGAUACGAAAAGCGUCACGAUCGAGGAAGCCGAGGAGUAUUGCGCCAGCCAGGACGACUGUUGCGUCUUCGUCGAAGUUUCCGCUAAACGGAAUUACCACGUGGACGAACUUUUCUAUCAGCUCUUCGUCGUAGCCGGCUUACCUCUAGAAAUGGCACCGAAUCAUCACAGAAAAGUUCCUCUUACUUUUGGCUCGCCUACCAUGCUACCGCCCUCGCAGCCAAAACACAAGGCAACUCUGAGCAUAAAGCGUCGGUUAAGCGACGCCUGCGGCGUCGUGGCGCCUAACGUGCGACGGCCCAGCAUAAGGACGGACCUGAUGAUCAUGCGAACGAAGACGUGCUCGCUCGCGGCUGGAAACGAAAACAACACACCGGGAUCGAGAAUCAUUUUGAGAUCGUCCGAAGUCGGCAGAACCUGUUCCAUACAGUGAUAUUCGCGCGAAAUUAAUCCAAAUUACGAUCGAAAUUACGUCGGAAAAGGGGAUGGGAGGAAAGCUUUGAAUAAAGAACGAUCGCUUAACAGGAAAAGAUAUUCGCAAAUUAUAAAUAAUAAAAGAAGGAAAUCGAUGUAAAACGAAAGGAAAACCGACCACGCUGCUCGCCUUAAUUAAUUAAAGCACUAGUGUAUUUAACGUAGUGUGUCGAAGGUAAUAUUAUGCCUGAUUAAAAUAAUAAUGAGCACGCCAAAAAAAAAAGAAAAAAUAGAAAAAAAGAAAGGGGAGAGAGAGAGAGAGA